AUGGCUUUGAUGGGCUCAAAAGAUAAGGACGACGUCCCAGCCCGUGUGGCCAAUACCCCCGUGGGGAAAAACGAAGGCCCCGGUGAUGUCCAAGAAGGUUUCUUCGCCGACAAUGCCGAUUCCCUCCAGCGUCAUCUGGGUAACCGUCAGAUUCAACUGAUCGCCAUCGGUGGUUCCAUCGGAACGGCCCUCUUCGUCAGUAUUGGAACGGGUCUGUACCAUGGCGGUCCCGGCAGUCUAUUCUUGGCUUUUACCAUCCAAAGUAUAUUCCUGGCUAUGAUCAACAACUGUCUGGCUGAGAUGACGACGGCCUACCCCGUCAGUGGUGGCUUCAUCCGUUUGGCCGGUAAAUGGGUUGACGAUGCACUUGGUUUCAUGGUCGGCUGGAAUUUCUUUUUCUACGAGGCUCUAUUGAUUCCAUUUGAAAUCUCUGCCUUCACCCUGGUUCUGUCCUUUUGGAGUGAACGGGUCACCGAGCCAGGCCCCGUUGCUGGAAUCUGUGCCGCAGUCAUCUUGUGCUACGGCUUCCUGAACAUUUUGGCGGUUCGCGCCUACGGUGAAGCCGAGUUCUGGCUCUCCGGUGGCAAGGUCAUCCUGAUUUUCUCGCUCUUCUUCUUCACCUUUAUCACCAUGGUGGGCGGAAACCCGCAACGUGAAGCCUACGGAUUCCGCUACUGGAACAACCCAGGGGCUUUUAUGGAGUAUCUUGACACCGGUGCUCUGGGUCGCUUUGAAGGCUUUCUUGGGUCUUUGUGGUCGGCCGCCUUUGCCGUUGUCGGCCCCGAGUAUAUCUCCAUGGUCGCCGCCGAGGCUCGACGCCCGCGUAUCUACAUCAAGAACGCUUUCAAGACGGUCUAUAUCCGCUUCGGUAUCUUCUUCAUCGGCGGGGCGUUGGCGGUUGGAAUUGUGUGCUCUGCUCGUGACCCGCGGUUGACAGCAGUUGUUAUGGGGGAGACUGGCGGCUCUUCCGCCGCGGCGUCGCCGUAUGUCAUUGGCAUGCGCAACAUGGGUAUCAGUAUUUUCCCAUCGAUUGUGAACGCACUUCUUUUGACCUCCAUUUUCUCUGCGGGCAACACAUACACCUACUGCGCCAUUCGUACCCUGUACGGUCUGGCGCUCGAGGGACGCGCCCCUCGGAUCUUAACUAAGACCACGAAGAGUGGUGUGCCCAUCUACUGUUUCGCCUUUGUCAUGAUCUUCCCGAUCCUGUCAUUCCUCCAGGUGUCCAACAGUUCCUCGAUCGUCAUUACCUGGUUUGCCAACCUCGUGACUGCUGGAGGACUGAUCAAUUACAUCGUCAUCUCAAUUACUUAUAUCUGCUUCCACCGAGCCUGCAAAGCCCAAGGUCUUGAUCGUCGCACCUUCUCUUACUUUGCUCGUCUCCAGCCUUUCUGCGCUUACGCUGCCCUUGUCUGGAUGAUUUUGGUCACUAUCCUCUAUGGCUACCCGGCCUAUAAGCCAUGGAAUGUCUCCACUUUCUGGUCUGACUAUACCAUGCAAAUCGUCAUUCCCCCUCUUUUCCUGAUCUGGAAGUUGCUCAAGAAGACCAAGUGGUUGAAGCCCCAUGAGGUUGAUCUCGUUUGGGAGCGACCGUUGAUCGAUGCCUACGAAGCCAGCUUCCUUGAUCCCCCCGUUGGGUUCUGGAGGGAGUUUGGCCAGAUGUUCGGUUUCCGCCGCAUCAAGGGUGGCAAUGACAAACGCCGGGCUUCGGUACAUCAACCCAUCUCGGACAGUGCGUCAGACAACGUCGUGGCCUGA